AUCGGUGACGUCACAAAAGACGAGACGGUGGAAGGAGGCGGACGGGGUGGACGGUCGCGCGGUUGAAAAAUGUCCGGUUACUCGAAUUUAUCGUGUACGUGAACGUCGAGAGUGAGCGUGGUAAACAUUCGCGGGCUUCCGCGAACGAGACCGGCGUGCGAAGUCGACCGGCGAGUCGACCCCAGGCACGGGACGCGGGCCUCGUCCCCGGGCACGUGUAGCGCGUAGAGGAGACGUUCCGAGCGAGAGUCGACGGUUCGAUAUCGUAUCGCAUCGCAUCGUCGCGUAAAGUCAAACGCGCUAAAGUGAAACGAGGUGAGGCGAAGGCGGACGCGCGCGCGCGAGCGAGCGAGCUUAUCGCGCCGAGAGGGUCGGCGAUCAGCGGUGGAGCCCUCGCGACCUGUCACGCUCGAGCAUCGUCUCGGAUUAAACGGGCUUGACGCGAGUUUAAAUAAAGUCGAGUCGGCGGAAAUCUGGGAACGAGAAUGAAGAUUGCCAAGGGGGAAUGAUAGGUAAGAGCACGCUUAAAAGGAGAGACGACGACAAGAUCGAUGUCGAUUAGAAGAGUGACGAAUCCGCGAAAACGUGCGACAGGAUGCAAGAGGGUAACACCGCCGUUGCGCUAGCGAUGGUGACUCCCGGAUACGAUCAGGACCCUGCGAGUGGGGUCGCCGACUAUACGACUCAUCAAGAUCAGGCCCAGUUCGAGGCCGACAAGAGGGCCGUGUACAAGCAUCCGCUCUUCCCGCUGCUGGCGUUACUCUUCGAAAGAUGCGAACAGGCGACCCAGAGCUCGGACAACUCCACGUCCGAAAGCUUCAACAUGGAUAUACAGGCUUUCGUCCAGCACCAAGAAAGAGACCGAAAGCCCUUCCUGAUCAAUGACCCCGAGAUUGACGGUUUGAUGAUCAAGGCGAUACAGGUGCUGCGCAUCCACCUCCUGGAAUUGGAGAAGGUGCAGGAGCUGUGCAAGGACUUUUGCAACAGGUACAUUACAUGCCUGAAGGGCAAGAUGCAGAGCGAGAACCUGUUACGCAGCGAUUACAGCCACCAUGGGCACGAUAUGGGUCCGUCGAGUGGCAGCAAUGGCAGCAGCCCGUUGCAGGUGCUGUCAUCUACAGGCAAUGAUGUUGAGUCGGGAGCUAACGGAUUCAGAGUGAGCCGAGGGGACUCCGGACUGGCGGACAACGACGGCGCGAAUCCGCGAGAAGAGAGCGAUAAUCACGAUAAUCAACCGGUCCGAUCGUCGUCUUCCGCCAUCCAGCGCAACUCGGGCAAAUCCGCUAGCCAAGACCGCGACGAUCCACUCUCACCGUCCGCGGUGCACGGAAGCACGCCUCUCUCGCAGAUCGGGGCGCACGGAUGCGCCCCGGUUAACGACAUGUAUCUCGGCCAAGACAUUACUGUUGCAGGCUCGCCUUCUCCGGUGGCGAGUGAGGACGAGGAGGAAGCUGCCAGCAACGCGGCCUCGAAUCACGCUGGGAAUCAUAGAAGUAAUCACAGUAGCGCUAGAAAGGGACGUCAGAAGCGUGGUGUUUUGCCUAAACAUGCUACUAGUAUUAUGCGAACGUGGCUCUUUCAGCACUUAGUACAUCCUUACCCAACCGAAGAUGAAAAGCGUCAAAUCGCCAGCCAGACGAAUUUAACGCUGCUACAAGUGAAUAACUGGUUUAUCAACGCUCGUCGACGGAUUUUGCAACCCAUGCUAGACGGCGCGGGCGCAGAUGCGGCAUCGCGCGCUGGAAAACGUCACAAAGUUUCAAAACACGCUGCACAACAACAAGCGACUCAACAACAACAAACAGGCUGGCAGUCCGAAGACUCGGCAAGUGAUUCGGGUUCUAGCGAUGGUGAGGGAGGUGCCGCUAGAUCGAAAGACGGAAACGAUAGCGAUGAAGAUGAUCUUCACUGACCUCUGUCGAUCACCGAAACGUCAACCUCUUUACGGUACCUUCAAAUCCAGUUGCUCAUUACAGUAUUAAGGUAUUCGGGUAUAGAUAUCGCUUUAACUGUCAAAUACGUAAUUAAUCUUGCGAAAGUUAAGAAUACGUGGAUAGAGGUUAUCACGCUCUCUGAUUAUUUGCCACUGACUAUUCAUCUACAAGCUAUUAGCUUUUCUUUUAUGACUUGGUUCAUAAACGAUUACAUUUUUAAUCUCGGUUCAUAUUGUGGUGAGAAUUAACUUCAUCAUGUAUAAUAUGAGAGACGAGGACUGAGAUUGAAUAGGUACUACAAAGAGCAGCUUAUACUUAAAUACAUCUAAUUUAAAGGAAAAUAUACGUUUGCAUUAAACUACAAGAAAUGUUAUUUAUUUUUU